GAAAAGUUUCAGUCAUUUCUGCCUUCACAGCCCUGCUUGAGGAGUCUGUCAACAGGGAAGUGUCAAGAUGGCCCCGAGUGGACUAAAAGCGAUCGUAAACGACAAAAUCCUCACUGGUGUCAUCAAGAGUGUGAAGAAAGAUGGGGAAUGGAAGGUGCUUAUCGUGGAUCACAUCAGUAUGCGGAUUCUGUCCUCUUGCUGUAAAAUGUCAGACAUCAUGGCAGAGGGCAUUACAAUUGUGGAGGACAUUAACAAGCGGAGGGAGCCGAUCCCUAGUCUGGAGGCCAUAUACCUCAUCUCCCCUGUGCCAAAAGUGAGUGAUCUAUACUACGACACAUCUCUCUUUAAAUAUAUUUUGUUCGCGCUCAUUGUUGCAUAUCUGUUUUUUCAGUCAAUUCAGUCUCUAAUUGGUGAUUUCAAAGACGCAGCCUAUACAUACAAAGCAGCACACAUCUUCUUUACAGACACUUGUCCUGAUGGGCUUUUUGCUGAGCUUGGGAGGUCAAGGGUUGCCAAGGUCAUCAAAACCCUAAAGGAAGUCAAUGUGGCUUUCAUACCAUAUGAGUCGCAGGUGUUUACUCUGGACAACCCCAGUUCCUUCCACACCUUCUACAGCCCAAGUCAGACUAAUGUAGAUGACAGGACCAGGAUGAUGGAGGCCAUGGCCGAGCAGAUCGCCACACUCUGUGACACACUGAAGGAAUACCCAGCCAUCCGCUACCGCCAGGGCCCAAAGGAAAAUUUCACUCUGGCUGAGAUGGUGAUGGACCGUCUGAAUGCACAUAAAGCAGACAAUCCCAGUAUGGGAGAGGGCACAGAUAAAGCACGCUCGCAGCUGCUUAUAGUGGACCGUGGAUAUGAUCCCAUCUCUCCAAUCCUGCACGAGCUGACCUUUCAGGCUAUGGCCUACGAUCUGCUUGACAUCGAACAAGACAUUUAUAGGUAUCAGACGACAGGGAUCGGAGAGGCUCGAGAGAAGGAAGUGCUGCUGGAUGAGGACGAUGAGCUGUGGGUGCAGCUGCGUCACAUGCACAUAGCAGACGUCACCAAGAAGGUGACGGAGUUGCUACGCACCUUCUGUGAGAGUAAGAGGAUGAACACAGACAAGGCCAACAUCAAAGAUCUGUCUCAGAUGCUGAAGAAGAUGCCACAGUACCAGAAAGAACUAAGCCUGUACUCCACCCAUCUGAACCUUGCUGAUGCCUGCAUGAAGAAGUUCAGGAAUUUAAUAGACAAGCUUUGUGAGGUGGAGCAGGACUUGGCCAUGGGAUCAGAUGCUGAGGGGGAAGUGAUCAAAGAUGCUAUGAAGAGUAUCGUCCCUGUUCUGCUCAACACUGAGAUCGAACCCUACGACAAAAUCCGCAUCAUACUGCUCUACAUUUUCCAUAAGAAGAAGGGCAUUGGUGAAGAAAACCUCAUAAAACUCAUCCAGCAUGCAAACGUGCAGCAAGACAAGAACAUCAUCACCAACCUGCAGCACCUGGGCUGCCCCAUCAUUACUGGGGGCGCUAAUGCUGGUAACACUCUGCCUGACAGGAAAGAGCGCACAGAAUCCACAUAUCAGCUCUCCCGGUGGACACCCACUCUUAAAGAUGUGAUGGAGAACAUCAUCGAUGACAAGUGUGACAGGAAGCAGUGGCCGUUCCUGUCUGAUCCCGCCCCCAUCACCACCACAAACACUCAAGUCAGCAGCGCACGGUUUGGACACUGGCACAAGAACAAGGCUGCCACAGAGUACCGCAGCGGGCCGCGCCUCAUCAUCUUUGUGAUCGGCGGCGUGACGCAUUCCGAGAUGCGCUCCGCUUAUGAAGUGACCCGGGCCACCGAGGGCAAAUGGGAGGUUCUGAUUGGAUCGUCUCACAUUCUUACUCCAACCAACUUUCUGAAUGACCUGAAGAAUUUGGACCAGCCUGUACCCGUUUAGCAGCAGUUUAGUCACUGAAGAGAAUCAUCCCACUGAACUCAUGUGAAACCUGAUACUCUGAAGUAAUGAUGCUCUCAAAAAGACACAAUCCUGCCUACUGAUUAUUUGCUGUUUUUAAGUAGUAAUUUUAAUCAUCCAAGUUAAGCUGGUGGUAUAUGUGUGUGUGUAUAUAUAUUAAAGUUGUUGAAGACUGAUGUUUAAUUUAAAAGAAAGAUAUAUAAAGAUAUAUAGAUAUAUAAAUGUAUAACAAUAUAUGUGACAUUGAGAACUUGUUGCCAAAGCUUAUAAUUAUGCAGAUAAGUGGAUUAAAUCUUGCCUCGCAUCAUUUAAGUAUAUGAGUCCUGUCAAGUUGUGAUGUGAUUUGAAGACGUCUUUAAACCUGCAGACUGGAUCAAAUGAUCACACUGGAUUUCUGGUUUAAUCGCACUGCUACUGUAAAACUGCACAAUUUAUACUAUAGAGCAAGAUAAGCCUGCUUAUAGUACAGCUGUCUGUUUCUGAUUUCCUGUCAGGUUUUGUUAUAUUUUCUCCUGAUGUGUUGGUGAAGGCAUGAGUUGUUUCAUCUCAGUGUAUAUAUAGUCUGUAUAUUCUUCAUGCUCUGAACGUGUGCACUUUUUUCUUUUACUGUUACGUUAUCACAUAUGUGGUUCACUGGGUGUUUUUGUUUGUUGGCUACAUUAAUGAUUCCAAAUAAAUUUAGCUUGUACCUCA